AUGGGCCUCGACUCGGUGCAAUAUCUGUCUAGCUAUGGAUCACUGUCGAGUGUCCUCAGCUUCUCAGAGACGGCCGCAGUCUCCUUCAACUCACCGAAUACACCGUUAAUCCUGUGUGCAGACAAGCGGACGACAAGAGCUGAACCACGCGAGGUCCGCAGAAGUGCGCGCCUGAGAGAUGUCCUACAGUCCGAAGCUAGCGGCCGGAGAAAUGAAUGGGGAACUGGCUUGUCGUCGGAUGACACCUCGCGGGAUCUAGUGCAACCCGUAAAGUCCAAACGCAAGCGAGCUCAGGAGGCCCCGGCUGCCUCAAUUCCCACGCAAUGUCCACCCGCCGCAAAGCGACCUCGAAAGGCGGCCUGGAGCACGGCAGAAUGCGAGGCAGAAGGAUCGGAACGGAAACUCGUCACAGGCGCCGCUGAUCCGCUCAGGAGCUGGGUACAGAAUCAGCAGUGGCCCCGUGAGUACUUUGAACCAGACGAUCAGGCGCGGGAAGAGCUUCAGGAACGCGACAGCUGGCUAGACGAUAUCAUGGCGCAGCCACCUAUUCCGGCCGUUCGAUACGUGGAAAGAAAUGGGUUCAGAUAUCCACGCCCUGCUAAAAGAUCUGCUACAUCACUGCGCCGCAAGCGAUCGGGUUCGAGCCUCAACGAAUCUGGCGAUCAGAAGGAACCGGAGAGGGAGAGCAGGAGCACGUUAUAUCGAGAUGCACGCUAUGUGACGAUGCUGGAAACCAAAAGAAGCUUCAUGCGCGAUUUCGACCAUGAAGUCCCUCAAGCCACCACGGACAUCUGCCUCCAGCUACUCACUAACGACCAGAUGGUGCCUCAGAAUUCGUUGUUCACUGAUAACCGUUUUGGCAGAUUAUGCGGAAAAUUACACGACAAGAACGAAGCGAUAAUUAUUCAAGACCUCACUCACUUGAUUGUUCCAUCGGCGAUGAAUCUCGCCAUUCACAACGCACAUCUCGAUGUCUUGAUCGAAAGUGCAAAUGAAGUCUGGUUAAGUAGCAUACCGGUGGAGGGACCCUGGCCCCAGCCGGACUAUGCUGUUGGGUUCGACCGGUCCGCAUUCACAAACGAGCAACUGACAAAGCUCGGUCCGCUUGUUGGUGACGCCUUCGACACCUCAUUUUUCGUUGCGACCUCUCGGAUGUAUUUUCCAUUUCUUACCUGCGAGUUCAAGUGUGGCCCUGCGGCGCUGGACAUUGCUGAUCGGCAGAACGCUCAUAGCAUGACCAUUGCCGUGAGGAGCGUCGUUGAGCUCUACAAAGCCGUGAAGCGAGAAAAGGAGCUCGACCGCGAGAUCCUCGCCUUCUCAGUAUCCCACGACCACCGAUCGGUUCGGAUCUACGGUCACUACCCUGUGAUGGAGGGGGACGACGUUUCCUACUAUCGUCAUCCCGUCCAUGAAUUCAGCUUCAGGACAUCGGAGGGAAAAGAUAAGUGGACGGGGUAUAGGUUUACAAAAAAUGUCUAUGAUGCCUGGAUGCCGACCCACCUCAAACGAAUCUGCUCAGCAGUCGACCAGCUACCGUUGAGUCUUGACUUUGAAGGGUCUGAAGUGCCAUUCGAAGAGGCAACCGGUCUCACACACGAUAUGGAGAGGCUGCUGUCAGAAUCAUCUAGUGUCGACCAUGCUUCGCAAGACGAAGACGAGCCGAAGUCUGUUAUUUCACAAGCAGCUACCCCAAACACCUCUAUCUCCAGUGGGUAG